UGGAUUCUAGUUGAUUGUGAUUCUAUUAAACAAAAUAUUUUUAAAAUGGCUUCAAAGUGCAUUAUUGUGUUGGCAUUUAUUGCUGUCGCCCAUGCGGCUGUUGUGGCUCCUAUCGCUCCAGUAGUCAGAGCUGUUGCUCCUCUUGCUGUUGCCCCAGCACCUGUCUUAGCGAAAACUGUUGAAUUAGAGGAAUACGAUCCACAUCCACAAUACAAAUAUGGAUAUGAUGUACAAGAUACACUUUCAGGAGACUCAAAAGGACAUAUCGAAGAACGUGAUGGCGAUAUUGUACGCGGUGAAUACUCAUUGAUUGAUGCUGAUGGUUUUAGACGUAUUGUCCAAUACACUGCCGAUCCAAUCAAUGGAUUUAAUGCUGUUGUACGUCGUGAACCCCUAGUAGCUGCUGCACCUGUUGUUGUUAAUGCCGCUCCAGUAGCACCAGCUAAACUAACUUUUGCAGCUCCUGCAGUUGCCGUAAGAUUCGUUGCAGCUCUUUUAUUUGUUAGCGCUGUUAGUGCUGGAAUAGUUCCUGAAGUUUAUCAUUCCGCUCCUGUCGCAUAUGCAGCUGCACCAACAGUCGUGAAAACAGCUCAUGUGCAACCAAUUGCCAUUGCACAUGCUCAGCCAGUUUUAGCUAAACAUGACGAUGAAUUCGAUCCUCAUCCACAAUACAAAUUUGGUUAUGAUGUUCAGGAUGCUCUUUCUGGUGAUACCAAGAGUCAAGUAGAGGAACGUGAUGGCGAUGUCGUUCAUGGUGAAUAUUCAUUGGUAGAUGCUGAUGGUUUCAAACGCGUUGUACAGUACACCGCAGACUCAGUGAAUGGUUUCAAUGCUGUUGUUAAUCGGGUUCCAUUGGAACAUGCUGCCAUUAAGACUGUUGUAAAGUCCGCACCUGUUGCUUAUGCUGCACCAGCCACCACCAUUGUUAAAGAAUAUCCAACACCUGUCGCUUACCAUCAACAUCAUUAA